GAGCUUGUCGGGAUGUUCGUUGACCACUCGGCGAUCACGUGUCGCGAGCCACAGCAAUCACACCUAUCAAUAAACCCGCAUGCCUGCACUAUGAUUGGUGCAGCACAGCGUGGGAAAGUGUCGCCCCUUCGUAUCUCAUGCCUACUGCCUCGACACACUCUGUUGACCCCGAGCAGCCAUAAAACCUUGCUUCUCAUGGUUCUUUCCCACAGUUUAACGUACCACGUGCUCGUGUUCACUUAGCGCCAGUCACGUUCCUGAGCUCAACAGCUACAUACCAUCAGUUUCAGUUUGGCUACGAGCCAACACAUUUGAGUACUACCUGUCUGAAUCGUUACACAGCAAAACCACCAGUGUGAAGGAUUGCUAUACAGAAAGAUGCCUUCUGAAAAAUCCUCAAUGAAAACCAGCGAAAAUCGCAGGAGCACCAAGCCUAUCAUGGAAAAGAGACGACGUGCUCGUAUCAACAACAGUCUAGGGGAGCUAAAAAACUUGAUAUUGGAUGCUUUGAAGAAAGAUAAUGCUCGACAUUCGAAGCUGGAAAAAGCUGACAUUUUGGAAAUGACGGUAAAACACCUUCAGAACCUUCAACGUCAACAGAUAACGGCUUGUUCCCUAAGUGACCCUUCAGCCAUGUCAAAGUUCAGAGCUGGUUUCAACGAAUGUGCCAAUGAAGUCUCCCGCUACUUGAGUGGAAUGAAAGGAAUCGACCUUUCUGUUCGACAGAGGCUUAUGAACCACUUAGCUGACUGUUUGUCUGGUCUGAGUCCCACUUAUCCCCAGACCUCUGGUAACUACAGUCUUCCGUCCUUGAGUCCCGUCCAUAUUCAGGUUCCUGCUAGCACCACAACCAUUGACACCAAACUCUUCGAAGGUAUACAACUUGUACCAACUCGCCUUCAGAAUGGAGAAAUUGCUUUUCUUCUCCCUGGAGAGGGGCUGACCAAUCAAAAUCAUUUAUCUACUUACUCGCCGGUCAUGUCGUCUAUCCCAUCGGGUCCGGUUAGUGUCUUGGGGUCAUCGGGUAUUCUGAGCCCUGCUGCCAGCGAUAGGUCACUAUCCAGUCCUAGUCCUGUUACUUACACGUCUACCACGUCUCCCGUGUUGAUCACUUCUGGACCAGUGUUUGAACCUAUAUCUCCUGCUCCAUUUCACCAGCAAGAGAAACCAGAAACCGAGCAUGUUUGGAGACCAUGGUAAUAUGGUUACCACUUUAUAACAUUGAGACAAUUACUUUAUAGACGAACUUCAGUAGAAAUCCUGACGUGCCAUACAAUAAUAGACACUCUCACGUUCUGUAAUACUUAGUUAUUUAGACACUAAGUGUGUGUGUCUGAACAUAAUCAGAAGAUAUCUGUUCGUGAGAUUUCCAAAGAGGCAGAUUGGUUAGCUGUGAUAUAUUCUACCUGUUUUCAGUUCGGAGAAUCCGGUGCUUUGUAAUUUAUUAUCAUCAUUUGAUUUGUAUAUAUAUAUAUAUAUUGUACAUUUAUCAUUCAUCAGAACAUCUGAAGCAUUUGGUAAAUGCUAAACAUUAAAAGUAU